AACGGUAAGUUCAUUAUUACAGCCAGAAAAUGAAGUUGUGAAAUUUACUUAUUCUGAAAAAUAAUGUUUACUUCUUUUAUCGUGAUACGUAAAAAUAUUUAAAAUGUACGUUAUCAACGAUAAAUCUGAAAUCUUUGUUCACUGUCGAUUUCCUGUGCUAUUAGGUAACACAUACCAGUCCCACAUGAAGAAGCUCCGGAGACGAUUUGCUGUUCAUCUCCUGCUAUUGUCUGUGAUUUGUGCAACAAAGUUUGAACAGCUCUCAGCUGAAACCUCGACAAGACUCCGAGAGUUUUAGUCGUCCUGAAUGAGGAGAUGUGGAAGAAGAACCCCAACAUUCCCUCCAUACUGCACAGCUUCGGGAACUAUUCGAAUGUGGCUUUACCAUCAGUUCAGUUCCACACCAUCAUUGCCACUAACGACUCCUCAGCUCUUAGCCAAGUCUGUGACGAACUGAGAGACGGUGUAGUUGCUGUCGUGGACAUGACGUCACCUCGCAACGCUCAACAGCUGCGGUGGUUGUCGGGUGUUGCUGGUCUCGCCUACAUCUCCGUCGUGGACGACUCGUACUUCGGUAACAGUCAAGAACACGAGCGCCUGCAUGCGAGAGUCGAGCCGACGGCGGUGCAGAUGCUAAAGAUCGUCACCGACAUCGUCAUCCAAGAAAACCUCAACAACGUGGCCUUGGUCUACGACGAUACGUUUGACAUCCAGAACCUGCCGCGCAGGAUCCUGGUCAACGUUCCGGCUCAGCACCUGUACGUGAGGUUGGACCAAUCGGAGAACGCGACACAACGGCAAGUGAGGAUGUUAAAGGACGUCACCAUCCAGAACAUCUUCAUCAUCGCCGACACCCAGAAUGCCCAACGGUUUCUGCUAGAGGUUGACAAGAAAUACCAGAAAGAAAGUCCCCCAAUAUAUUCCUCCUUACGAAGUGCACACAUGUGUAUGUUAAAAAUGUUUUAUUACGUAACUUUCAUUCCAUAUGACGAACAGUUUGUUUGUUUGUUUGUUUGUUUGUUUGUUUGUUUGUUUGUUUGUUUGUUUGUUUGUUUGUUUGUUUGUUUGUUUGUUUGUUUGUUUGCUCCCUGGAAGGAGAGCGCUGUGAACUGUGGCGGAUGUCGAGCGCGUGGGCAACUAGCGACGAUAACGGCCGAACCGUCUGCCGUCGCCCUCCAAACGUUUGUCGCCUUCAUGCAGCGUCAUGUGACCACAGAUGACGUGUAUAACUCUAGUGACGUCAAGGUUGACGAAGCUGUGGCCUUUGACCUGGCUGUCCUUAUCCGCUCAUCAAUGCCCUCGGUGGCUGCCAAUCUGGUCUACGACGACUGCAGUGCCCUUAGCUCUGUGGAUGAAAGAGAUUUAGAACAGAGCAGACGACUCAUUGAUGCUCUGCAGCAAGCAAGAAUUGAUGGUGUCUUUGGAGCGAUCUCGACACAAGACAACCUCACCAGCUUCUCCAUGACAUUGUCAAUAAACAAACACUCGUACAAGGAUGGUCUGCAAACAGAGCAAGUGAUGAUUGGGUCCUGGACUAAAACAAGGGGUUUGAACCUCACACAGUCUUUGAUUCUCGCCGACCGCAGGCCGCACUACAUGGUGGUCACCGUGUCUGGGAAUCAUCCUUUCGUCUACAAAGAUAUCCCAGCGAACUUCAGGGAAGGUCCAAGUUACUAUGGUUACUGUAUCGAGCUCCUACAACUCAUCGCGAAGCAACUGCAGUUCAACUACACUAUCUACGAAAGCCCGGAUGGAAAGUUUGGAACAAUGGACGACAACGGAAAAUGGAGCGGGAUGAUUGGGGAGUUGAUUGAAAAGAGAGCAGACAUGGCGGUGGGUCCUAUAUCCAUCAUGGCGGAGAGAGAGAGCGUGGUGGACUUCACGGUCCCCUACUAUGACCUGGUGGGUCUCAACCUCUUGAUGCGCAAGCCCACGGUAGACUACAGCCUCGUCAAGUUCCUCAGCGUGCUGGACGAGAACGUCUGGGGCUGCAUCAUCGCCGCUUUCCUCGUCUUCAGCGUCCUCAUCUGGCUCUUCGACAUUCAGCCCUACAGCCAUCAAAACACUCGCAAAGAGUCGAAGGAGGGGCAGCAGGAGGCGCGGGUGUUCACGUUCAAGGAGGGCAUCUGGUUCUGCUUGAUGUCUCUGACUCCACAAGGUGGCGGGGAGACUCCGCGAGCUUUCUCUGGGCGCUUGGUGGCCGCCACCUGGUGGUUGUUCGGCUUCAUCAUCAUCGCCACCUACACAGCCAACCUGGCCGCCUUCCUGACCGUCUCCCGCCUCGAGACUUCCAUCGAGUCUCUUGACGACCUCUCCAAGCAGUUUAAGGUCAAGUAUGCUCCAAUGAACGGCAGCUCUGCUCAAACCUACUUCUCGCGCAUGGCCGAGAUUGAGCAAACCUUUUACAAGAUCUGGAAAGACAUGAGCCUGAGUAACAGCAUCAGCCCCCUAGAGAGAGCCAGGUUGGCCGUGUGGGACUAUCCUGUCAGCGACAAGUACACCAAGCUGUGGAACAACAUGCAGGCCAACACGUUCCCACGAAGCACUAACGAGGCCAUCGAGAUGGUUCUCAACGGGGACUUCGCCUUGAUAUCGGAUGCGACUACUAAUAAGUAUGCCACGUACACCAACUGUGAACUGAUGGUGGUGGGAGAGGAGUUCUCUCGCAAACCCUACGCCUUCGCCGUGCAAGAGGGCUCACCCCUUCGUGAUGAAGUGUCCAACGUCAUCCUGCAGCUCAUCAACCAGCGGCAGCUGGAGGACAUGAAGAGCAGAUGGUGGCUGCGGGACAAGCUGAACUGUCCAGACAUCGAAGAUGAGAGCGACGGCAUCAGCAUUCGAAACAUCGGCGGCGUCUUCCUUGUCAUCGCCGUCGGUUCAGCCAUUGCUCUCGUCGUUCUGGUGAUGGAAUGCUACUGGUACAGAUGCCGACUCAAGAGGAAGCAACCCUCGGACGCCAGCAGCAGGACAACUCUGACGCAAGAUGGCGCCUCGGACGUGUCACAGGCCAGCACAUCAGAGCGUGGCAAGCUGAAAGCUGUGGACAGACCCACGAACGGACAGCCAUCGGCCACGCGCGAGGUGCUUUUUGAGAUGACAGAUCAGAUGUAGUCGUCACGCGCGCAGGCCGUCGAGUCCAAAUGUUUCUUCUUAACCGUGCAAAAUGUGAACGAACGUUUGAGCAAGUCUGGCAAGGUUUACAUUAAUCAUUAUUGAUAUAAAAAUCCCCAUAAUUUAAAACCUUGGACAAACUGGAUCGAACGUUUGCACUGUGAGCACUCAAGCAUAACCAUUUAAACUUUAGCACAAUUCUUGAAGAGAAAAAGUUUCGAAAGUGGAUUUCAAGGGAGGUGUGCAGCAAGAGGAAGUUUAGGGUGUCCAGACUGAGCUGACCUGAACACUAUUCUUUAUUACAGCACCCAGUCCUGCCGAAAAAGUCACCAAAAAAAACGAAAAAAAUGAAGGACGAAAAGCUCAGAUAUCACAUGAUCAACUGUUGAUGCUAAGUCGCCAUCCGUUUCUCUUGACACCUGGUGUGCACUUCAGAUGGCCAUCGGUUUUGUUAUUUUUAAUCUUUUUAAAUAAAAAUGGUGGAUAGACAAGUCGUAUUUGCUGCUUCCCUACUUAUAUCAUUUAUAUCGUGGAUAUAAUAUUGUCACAUUCUACCUUCUCCCUAAAUACCGAUAAAGAAUUCUUUCUAACUUUACAUUUUGUCUCAGACUU